GUCAAAGUUAGGCCAGACACUGACCCUGCGCUCAUAGAGAUACAACAUUACAUCAAUACACUAACGCUAAGCAACGCCCUCGACUAUCUAGACGCUGCGCCUCGGACUUGAGCCACUUGCAGGCCCUGACUGCCCGCACUGGUUCACCAGCGUUUAAUUUCUAGCUCCUGGUACUCUUAGCAUGCCUCGGUAACCCUGUGCUGGUGCGGCAGAGGAGUUCGCGGGCGAAUUGCUGCUGACAGCAGUUCCAGCUUAGCUGGGGCUGCAAUUGUGGAACAAUCACCAUGGGUGAUGAACGACGCCGCCGGGGACCCUCGCGUUCGCCAGAGCCGCGGGACCAAGGCCGUGAUCGCGACCGCGCCCGGGAACGGGACCGCGAGCCGCGGGACCGUGCCGACCACGGCCGCGCCGACAGGGAGCGGGAGCCGCGGGACCGGGAGGCGGGGCGUUCUCGAGACCGGGAUGCGGACCGGGAGCGGGACUACGGCCGUGACAGGGAGCGGGAACACGAGCACGACCGAGACACGGGCCGUGACCGGGGCGGCCGCGGCGGUCAUGCGGAGCCGGAGGAGCGCGGCGGUCGCGGCGGCGGCGGCAGCGCCAGGCCCGCGGUGAAGGAGGAGCCGGCGCACGAGGAUGCGCCCGGGCCACGCUAUGGCGGUGGUGGCGGCGGUGCAGGGCGGGAUGAGGGCCUUGAUGGGGGCCGGCGAGGGUGGGACCGCGGGGAGCGCGACAGCAGCGACCGCGGCGGCGGCCCGCCUGGAGAUGGCCGCGGCGGCGACCGCGGCGACCGUGGCCCGGCUGGUGAGGGCCGUGGCGGCGGCGACCGUGGCGGUGACGGCGGCUUUGGGGGGCGGCGUGAAUGGGAUGAUGAGGACCGUCGUGGAGGCGGCGGCGACGGGGGCCGCGGCGGCGGUCGCGGCGGCGGCCGGGGUGGAGGCCGGGGCCGGGGGCCAAAGCGUGGCCGCGACGACGAUGACGAGUGGGGUGGUGGCGGUCGGGGCCGUGGUGGCAGCGACUCGCGCUACAUGUCUAAGGAGGAGCGGGAGUUCAAGGAGCGGGAGGCGGAGGAGGCGGCCAAGCCCAAGGCGCCCAAGGAGCAGCCCAACUUGGGUCUGUCCGGCAAGCUGGCGGCUGAGACAAACAAGGUUGCGGGCGGCGUGGUGUUGAAGCAUGUGCCUCCGGCCGAGGCGCGCAAGCCCGACAAGCGCUGGCGGCUGUACAUCUUCAAGAACGACCAGCUGCAGGACGAGCCCUACCACAUACACAGGAUGGACCAUUACCUGUUCGGCCGCGACCUCACAGUGGCGGACAUCGUGACCGCGCACCCCUCCUGCUCCAAGCAGCACGCCGUGCUGCAGUUCCGGCUUACGGAGAAGGCGGGCGGCGCCGGCGGUUUUGACGAGUACGGGCUGGCUGUGGGGCCGGCGGCGGCGGUGCGGCCGUACCUGCUUGACCUGGGCUCCAUCAACGGCACCUUUUUGAACGGCGAGAAGGUGGAGCCGCUGCGCUACUACGAGCUGUUGGAGAAGGACGUGGUGCGGUUCGGGCAGAGCAGCCGCGAGUACGUGCUGCUGCACGACCGCAGCGGCGGAGACGACGACGACUAGGGAGGCGAGGGAGGAGUUGUGACUUGGAGGAGAGGGGCCGCUGCAGGAGCAGCAGGACGACGGGGCGGGGGUGGAGAGGGCCCACUUGGUUAGCAGG